AUGUCGCAACACGCUCUAUCCGACCAGCAGGUCAACAAUGAGCUCAGCAAGAUGACUGCGUUCAUCAAGCAGGAAGCUAUGGAGAAAGCCCGCGAGAUCGAGAUCAAGGCCAAUGAGGAGUUCGAGAUCGAGAAGUCCAAGCUUGUCCGCCAGGAGACAGACGCCAUCGAUACACAGUACGAGAAGAAGUUCAAGCAGGCCACCAUGUCCCAACAGAUCACCCGCUCUACCGUUUCCAACAAGACGCGACUCAAGGUUCUCGGCGCCCGUCAGGAGAUGCUCGAUAACAUUUUCGAGGAGGCUCAGAAGAAGCUCGCCGAGGGUGCCAAGGAUAAGGCCAAGUACCAAAAGGCCCUCAAGGGUCUCUUGCUCGAGGGCUUCUAUGCUCUCAAUGAGCCUGAACUUCAAGUUCGUGCACGCAGAAAGGACUACGACGUCGUCAAGAAGGCUAUUGAGGAGGCCGCCAAGGACUUCAAGAAGGAGCUCGGAAAGGACAUUACGGCAAAGAUUCAGGAGGAUGAUCCUCUUCCUGAGGGAAUCGCCGGUGGAGUGUUUAUCAUUAGCGGAAGCGGAAAGAUUGACAUCGACAACACCUUCGAGGCCAGAUUGAAGUUGCUUGAGGAGUCUGCUGCGCCUGCGGUGCGAGAGGCUCUAUUCGGCAAGAACCCCAACCGCAAGUUCAACGACUAA